AGAUUGCUGAAGGUUUUUUAUUUAUUUAAUCCACUUUAAGACAAGGGUGUAAUGUGGAAAAAGUCAAGGGGUCUGAAUACUUUCCGAAGGCACUGUAUAUGAGUCUUGUGAUUUAUGAAAAUGUCAUUGCGAUAGUGUUUUAAUAUAAAUGGGUCCUAGUGAAAUAAUUGUUGAUAUAUACUGUUAAUUAUGAUAUAAUUUAUUAGAUAAGAAAACGCUGAUAAUGAAUAUACUUUUCCUACAGGGUAGAAAGAAUUCAUACCCCUUGAAUUAUUCUACAUGUUUUUAUGUUACAGCCUGAAUUCAAAAUGGAUUAAAUAUAUUUGUCACCCAUCUACACACAAUACCCCAUAAUGGAAAAAGUGAAAACAUGCUUUAAGAUAUUUCAGCAAAUUUGUUGAAAAUGAAAAACAUAUCUAAUUUACAUAAGUAUUCAAGCCCAUUUGCUAUGACACUCCAAAUUGAGCUCAGGUGCAUACAAUUUCCUUUGAUCAUCCUUGACAUGUCACCACAACUUGAUUGGAGUCCACCUGUGGCCAAUUGAAUUGUUUGGACAUGAUUUAGAAAGAAACACACUUGUCUAUAUAAAGUCCCACAGUUGACAGUGCAUAACAGUAAAUAUUUGAGAGAGAAUUGUGAGGAGGCAUAUAUCUGGGGAAGGGUAUAAAAACAAUUUCUAGUGUUGAAAUUUUCCAAGAUCACAGUGGUCACCAUCAUUGGGAAAUCCGGGCUUUAUGGGAGAGUGGCCUGACGGAAGCCACUCCUGAGAAAAAGGCACAUGACAGCACGCCUGGAGUUUGCCAAAAUGCACGUGAAAGACUCAAAAGAUUCUGUAGUCUGAUGAUUUGGCCUGAAUGGAAAGCGCUAUGUCUGGAGAAAACCAGGCACAGCUCAUCACCCAUCUAACACAAUCCCUACCGUAAAGCAUGGUAGUGGCAGCAUCAUGCUAUGGGGAUGCUUUUCAGUGGCAUGGACUGGGAGACUGGUAAGGACAGAGGGAACAAUUAAUGGAGACAAAUACAGGCAAAUAAUUAAUGACAACCUGCUUCAUUGCAAACAACCUUAGACUGGGGCAAAGAUUUACGUUCCAACAGGACAAUGACCCCAAGCAUACAGCUAAAGCAACGCUGGAAUGGCUUCAGAACAAGACUGUGAAAGUCCUUGAGUGGCCCAGAAUCCCAUUGAAAAUCUGUGGAAAUACACCACCGCUCCCCAUCUCACUUAACAGGUUGAAAUAAUCCCCAAAUCCAGAUGUGCAAAGCUGAUAGACAUACCCAAGACGACUCAAAGCUGUAUCCCCACCAAAGGUGCUUCUACAAAGUAUUAACUCGAGUGUGAAUACUUAUGUAAAUGAGACAUUUCUGUAUUUCAUUUUCAAUACAUUUUGCUAAUUCCUAAAAACAUGUUUUCACUUGUGUUUAGAUGGGUGAACAUUUUUUCUUUUGAAUUCAGGCUGUAACACAAUGUAGAAUAAGUCAAGGGUAUGAAUACUUUCUGAAGGCACUUGGUAAGUGUGAUUUUGUAAAUGUGUGAGUAUGACAGUCCUGCCUGUGUGGGUUUGAGCAGCUGUGACAGGAGGCCUAUUCAGGCUGAACCUGAGUCUCUGGGGACUGGUGGCAGGCACGGCCACAGGAGCAACCAUGGGGUGGGAUAUGAUAUAAGGGUUUUCAGUGGCAAAAUAACGGGCUGGUUUUGAACGAAGUGGUUACCUGGACUAAUAGUGUUUACAGUGAAGAGGUUUGAGGAGCAAUUUGAGGGAGCCAGAUACUACAUACAUGGCAAGCCCGGACUAUGGUAAAAUAUGAACUAUGAAGCCUGAAGAAUUUGAGAAGCAAGUCUCUGGCUGCCAGCUGCGCCCCCUCCCUGCAACCCCUCUGCUACCCAGCUGCCCCCCUCCCUCCCCCUAACCAUGCGCUGGGUGCCAGAGGGACUCAUGUGCGUUGCAGAGGGUUGUGUUUUGGGCAGAAGAGCAGGGAGGGAGGCCAAGGCAGCAGCUGCCCCUCUAUUUUUACCACCCCAUUGUUACUCCAGCGUUUCAUCUCUAUCCAGCUCCCUCUAUCUCUGCUGCACUAGUCCCUUCUGUCCUCUCCUCUUCACCUGUCUUCUCCCUCUUUUUCCUCUCCUGCCUUUCUUCCCCUUUUGAUUUGUAUGUAUAUCUAAUGUGUCAGUGAAGGUUUUUAGAGUAGUAAUGGACUGGGUGUAUGUGAUCCAGCAUCCAUGUUGCUGUGUCUCCAGAGCGAAGCAGAGCGCUGUUCGUGUCUGCCUCAGUGCCCAGCCACCUGGACUGUGUGUUUUGAUGUGUGCAAACAGUCCCGGGAGCACCCACAGCCUCAGCCAGGUGCAACGUGGGGGGAUGAAAGCAGGCAGCUAAUCAGAUAACACAUCACGCUCCAAAUGUCUGCCCCUACCUCCCUCAUAGUCCUGACACGUGGAUGAGGUGAUAGGGGCGGGGCGGGUUACUAAGUGAGUGACAGCCACCACAGCUCUUCAUGCUAAACUGAGUUUAGGGGGGUUGGAAUGAGAACUGCAGUUGAUAUCGGGUGAAAUGCUCAGAGAGGUAGCAACAUGGCGUCCAUCUCUAAAGUUGGCCAAAUUCUCUAUAUUGUAUAACAGUCUGAUGGUUACUGAGAGUAAGUGACAGCCACAGUGACAGAAUUUAAUGUGACGCAGAACAUUGACAUGUUGGAAUGAAGGUGAUGUCAGCUCGGCUCAUGUCAUCUCUUGUCAGGGUGCCGGCAGGAGCUCUGAUCAUCGCCAUGCAGGGAUUGGCUGGAGCUCUGAUCAUCGCCAUGCAGGGAUUGGCUGGAGCUCUGAUCAGUACCAUGCAGGGAUUGGCAGGAGAAACAGUACGGGAGAGGAGGAGGGAGCGCAGAGAGCUGUAUGAACUAAAACUGGCAGAAUGGAGUGCCCGUUUGCAGUUGACGGAUGACCUGAUUGGUGAUUUGAGCAGCAGUGGGCGGAUCCAGGAUGUAGACAAGGACAUACAGAAGAUCCAGGAGCUGCUCAGUUUACCAUGGAACGAGUCCGUGGCCCAAGACUGACAGCCAAUGACAGCAGCUGAAAUACUCAUACCAAUCAUAGCCAUCCUCACAGACAGACAAUGGUGGGUGGGACUUUCCUCACCCCUGAGGACAUACUGGUUUCUUUUGAUGUUGACUACUCUGUUCUGUUUACUCCUGUUGAAUGGAAAAGGGGACCUACUUAUUCGCUCAACAAAAUAUGUAUUGAUGCUGUAUUAUGAUUUAUACUGUAAAUGUAAUCGCUUUGUCUGGAACUUUUAAAUGAUUUCCAACAUAUUUAAUAUAAAUGCCAAUAAUGACACAGUA